AUGGCGCCAGCAUUUGCUGCCUACGCCCGCUCACUUCUAAGCCACGCCUUGUCCACCAACGUCGAGGCCCGCAGUCCAGACGACCUCUCAAAACUCGGCCCCAUCGCUGCUCGGUCCCUCCUUCUGGCCCGCGACGAUGCACCCAAACGGCCCGACCCCGAGGCCGGCAUCAUCCACCCUGAACAGUUCAACAACAAGUUUCUCUUCGUCCUGUUCGGUCUGCUAGGCGCCGCCUUCAUCGUCGUCGGCAUCUGGUUCUUCUUCUGGGCCAAGAAUGGCGGCUUCUACUUCAAAGAGAACGACUGGGACGACUACAAGUCCACCGUGCUGCGUCGCAAGGGCCCCAACGGAACCACCCUGUCAGGCGCCACCACCGAGACCGACCUCGGCGGCGGCAGUGUGUACAAGGACGUCGAUGACGGUAGCACCGAGGACACCACCACUGUCGUCAGCGGCACAACUGGCAUUACUGGCGGUGUGAGCGACUACGCCGGGCGGGAGAAGAAGCGCAGGAGACGCGAGCAAAAGGAGCGUGACAGGGAAAAGCGCCGUGAGGAGAAGCGCCGCGAGAAGGAGGAGCUGAAGCGCAGUAAGGAGCGCAAGCGCAGCCGCAAGGUCGCCGAGGAGGGCGGUGUCGUCGACGAGGAGGCCGAGGCCGAGGCCGAGCAGUACCUCCGCAACUACCGGCACGAGAAGCCCGCACGCGUGGGCGGCAUCAACAAGGAGAGCGACUCGAGUCAGUGGGACGGCUCCACGAACCCGACCGAGUCCUCCAGGGGCGGCUACACCGAGAGCAGCGUCACCUCGGAGCUCAUGCAGGACCGCGAGCGCACGCCGACCAACACCCCGGAGAAGCCCAAGAAGUCCAGCGGCAUCCGCAAGGUCUACUCGACCGCCGACAAGCGCGACUCGCGCGAGGCGGAGCGCAUCCGGGCCGAGGCCAAGAAGCUGCAGGAGAGGGGCCGCGCCGCCGCCUCCUCCGCGGCGGGGGCGUCAUCGUCCCACCGGCGCAACUUCUCGUGGCAGCAGAACAACCGCGUCGACGAGGACACGCCCAUGGCGCCGAGCACCUACGGCCCCAGCGACGACGUCGAGUCUAGGAUCCCGGGCAGCUGGGCCGAGAGCGACGUCGGCAGCGAGGUCGGCACCAAAUCGUACCGACACGUCAUCCCGGGGUUGUCCGACUCGGGCGCCGGAUCAUCCAUCGGUGGCUCGGAUGUGAGGGACUACGCCGAGGAGAAGAGGAAGAGGAGGGGCGGUGCCGGGUACAGGCGGGAGAGGUAG